AUGUCGUCAACCAAGGUCGUUGUGGUGGGAGCCGGACCCGUCGGCUCGCUAGCAGCUCUGUAUGCUGCACAAAGAGGCUACGAGGUUGAGAUCUACGAACUCAGAAAUGACCUGAGAGAUCCCUCAACGGUACCUCUGAACUUCACCAAAUCCAUCAACCUGGCUCUCUCAGUACGUGGCAUAACUGCCAUGCAGAAUGCAGAGCCAAAUACGCCACAAGGGGAGCGCAAGCUGCUGGACCAUGUCCUGGCCGCCACAAUCCCAAUGAGAGGUCGCAUGAUCCACGGCAGGAAAGCAAAUGGAGAGUUAUACGAGGAGGGACAGGACUACGAUGUACACGGACGGACAAUUUUCGCCGUGGACCGUGGCGGCCUGAACAAGCGCCUCCUGGACGUGCUCGAGAGCAUGCCCAACGUCAAAUUCUUCUUCAACCACAAGCUCACAGGCGCGGAUUUCCGCAAGCGCAAGGCAUGGUUCGAGCACAAGGACGGCACCUCCGAGAGCCGGCCGACGGAGAUCGAGAUCCCAUUCGACUUCAUGAUCGGCGCCGACGGCGCCCACUCGUCGGUGCGGUACCACAUGAUGAAGUACACGCGCAUGGACUACGAGCAGCGGUACAUCGACGCGCAGUGGUGCGAGUUUCAGAUCCAGCCCAGUGAGCACUUCGACGCCGCGAACCCGAUGAGCCAGUUCCGCAUCAGCCCGAACCACCUGCACAUCUGGCCCGGAAAGGAGUUCAUGUUCAUCGCCAUCCCCUCCGAGGACGGCACCUUCACGUGCACGCUGUUCGCUCCGGGAGAAAAGUACGCCUACCUCGAGGCGAACCCGGCCAACAUCCCGGAAUUCUUCGACAGGUACUUCCCCGGCGUGACCGAUCUCAUCCCCGUGGCCGACCUGGUCGACAGCUUCCAGCGGAACCCCCACCUACCGCUCAUCACCAUCAAGUGCAAGCCGCACCACUUCUCGUCGUCCGUCGUGCUCGUCGGCGACGCCGCGCAUGCCAUGGUGCCGUUCUACGGCCAGGGCAUGAAUGCUGGCCUGGAGGACGUGCAGACCCUCUUCACGUUCCUUGACAAGCACGCGGGUGGGGAUCGUGCGAGGGCUCUGGACGAGUACACUGCCCACAGGGUACCCGACGCGCACAGUAUCAACGACCUGGCGCUGCAGAACUACGUCGAGAUGCGCGCCAGUGUGUUGAGCCCGACGUAUAGGCUGAGGAAGUUCCUGGAGGAGAGUCUGAGCAAGUACCUGCCCAGCCUGGGCUGGCAGACCAAGUACAGUCGCGUGUCAUUCAGCAACGAGAGGUACUCGGAGGUCAUCGCGAGGAGUGACUACCAGGGCAAGAUUUUGAUGAGGGUCUUUGGGGCCACGGUCGGAGUCCCGCUGAUGGCUGGUGGUGCGGUGCUGUGGUUCAGGUAUCGGAGGGUUAUAGAGACCGGGGUUAAGGGGGCAGUCAACUGGUUGGUGAACACCGUGAGUCGGUGA